AUGCAAUCCCGUGGGACUACUGAAAGGGACAAUCAAUCGGUGGCCAGCAGUAUUGAGUUCCAUGAUGCUAUUAUCGAUGAAAACUUCGCCGAUGGUGGAAAAGCAAGGAUAGAAAAGCAAAUUUUCGAGUCGCAGAACAAAACUGGACUAUUUCAAAGAUGGAUUCACUAUUUUACGGAUAGAGCUUUACUUAAGCGUUUGGAAACCUACGAAGAUUCCGAGCUGAAAACAUUUAUUGCACAAAAAUUAUUCAAAGUCGACGGAAUUCUAUGUGAUGAGCAGACACGACUAGAGCUUAUACAAAGUAUGGUAGCACAUUCUGGAUUCUUUGAACUGGAUGAGGCGGAUCUCGUGAGAAAAUACGGAGAGGAAAUGACCGGUUGGUUGAAGGAUCGUCUCGUGCCGUCUAUCAGUGAAUGUAGCAGUGUACUGUACAAGGCCGCAUCGCAUUUUAAUAGGCUGAAAAGCUUGGAUCCUCUUCACAACUGGUUCCGUCAACCAGAGGAGAUUUCCACACAAAUAGCUGCACGUAUCUCUAGAUUUGCAGAACAGAUGACAAAUAGAGUAAAAUGGUCGUUACUUAUUGAACCGGGGAACUUUAACUGCCAUGUAAUGCAAUUCACAGCGGAAUUCAAUCGUUUGGAAUCUUUCUUUACCGCCAAUGAGCUCACACGAGAAGAAGCAGCUCAAAGCGCUUUUAAUGCUAACUACCUCACGAAGGCAAGGAGCAAAUUAAUUCCCUGUUGCGAUUUGACACGCGUUCGGCUUCUUGACAACACGUCUGCUCAAACAAAUCGUGUCGACGUGAUCGGAGAGAUUUUCUCGGAAGAACAUACCACAGAGAAAACACCAGAAUUGUCAAGGAAAUACGGUACUCCUGAUUUCAUACAUGCGAACUAUGUACGUGGUGGACCACUGUUGAACACGUUUAUAUGUACUCAAGCUCCUCUUAAGAACACUCAAGCUGACUUCUGGAAAAUGGUAUACCAGGAGAAGUCGAGGCUAAUAAUCAUGCUGUGCAGCGCCGUUGACAGGCAGACGUUAGGACCUCUGGAUCGUUCGCCUUCGCCUCAUUGUUUGUAUUACUGGCCACGAUCUGUGGGAGAAUCUCAGCAGUAUGGAUCUUUAAUCGUGCGGAACAUUCGCGUUGAUGGGACUGUGGAUCCUCUUUUCACCGUUACUUAUUUGGAACUACAACCAAUCGAUAGCAAUGACAGAUCCGAUGUGCUUACGGUGGAGCAUUGGCAAUGGGAUUGGCAGCACAUGUGUGACGUACAUUGGCCUUUUCGAGUGCUGAGAAAAGCACGCCUCCAGAAGACUCCAACGAUUGUGCAAUGCUUAGAUGGUUGUGGUCGUAGUGGAACUCUUGUAGCAAUUGAAACAGUGCUAAUGCAGUUUCUGCGAGGAUCUCCUUUGGAUGACGACACUGUUUUUCUUUCCACUGUUUUUGUUCGUCUUCAACGUCGUUUCGCUGUGUCUUCUGCCCUUCAUUACCUCUUCAUUUAUCGCACCGUUUUACAUUGGAUUGCCCCUUACGUAACGUCAAUCUAUCAACGUUUUGCCCUCGGUCUUUCUUAUCCAGGAGUUGGAUUCAUAGCAAAAUAUGAGUCAAUGGUCAAGAAUCUUUCGAAGAUCACUCCCGCCUACUAA